CUCGCUCAUCGGCAGCUACAUUGUGUGGAAAGCAGCACGUUGUUGGCUUCUGCACGCCGAACUUUACGCCGAAUUACCGCUCUCCUGUUCAGGGAGAAACCAGAUUCAAAGCUACCAGCUAUUUUCUCAGACGUCAGUAAGUUACCCCAGCUUGCGAAAACAUGUCGGCCUCGGCGGCAAAAGUGAGUAAAAAGGAGCUGAACUCGAACCAUGACGGAGCGGACGAAACCUCCGAGAAAGAGCAGCAAGAAGCUAUUGAACACAUUGACGAAGUUCAAAACGAAAUUGACAGGUUGAACGAGCAGGCCAGUGAGGAGAUCCUCAAAGUAGAACAGAAAUACAACAAACUCCGUCAGCCAUUCUUUCAGAAGAGGUCAGAACUGAUCGCCAAAAUCCCCAACUUCUGGGUCACCACGUUUGUCAACCAUCCACAAGUAUCUGCCCUACUGGGAGAGGAAGAUGAAGAAGCACUUCAUUACCUGAGCCGAGUGGAGGUGACAGAGUUUGAAGACAUCAAGUCAGGCUACAGAAUAGAUUUUUAUUUCGACGAAAAUCCGUACUUCGAAAACAAAGUACUUUCCAAAGAGUUCCAUUUGAAUGAGAGCGGGGACCCAUCUUCAAAGUCUACAGAAAUCAAAUGGAAAUCAGGAAAGGACCUGACCAAGCGCUCCAGCCAGACACAGAACAAAGCAGGAAGGAAGAGGCAACAUGAAGAGCCAGAGAGCUUCUUCACCUGGUUCACUGAUCACGCUGAUGCUGGCGCUGAUGAGCUUGGGGAAGUCAUCAAGGAUGACAUUUGGCCAAACCCUUUGCAGUACUACCUGGUCCCUGACAUGGAUGACGAAGAAGGUGAAGGUGAGGACGAUGAAGAGGACGAAGAGGGUCUGGAGGACAUAGAUGAGGAGGGAGAUGAAGAUGGGGAGGAAGACGAAGAGGAUGAUGGAGAAGAUGGAGAGGAUGACGAGGGAGAAGACGACUAAGAAAUAACAUCUACCCUGACCCUCAACCUCUAUUCCCUGUUGGUUUUUCCACUCACGUUCGGGAGCAAAGGUUUUAAUUUUUUUUUUUCUUUUUUUGGGUUGUUCCUUUUUUUUUUUUUUUUUAAAGAAAAUCCAUGUGUGCUUCAUUUUCCAUUCUGAGGCUUCACCUGUUGGUGCCAUGUUAUGUUCUCCUUUGACUCAUCUUAGGCCAAUGGCACUUUGCCCUGAAUUGUGAGUACCAUCCCAAAAUCAUCUCAAAAAUAAUAAUAAAAAAGUAUAAAAAUAGAA